GUUCCGCUCGUUCCGAUCAAAAACUCUUCGCCGAUUACGUCACGUGAAUGUCUGCUGGUACAGCUGACUGACCAGUGACACUCUUGAUAGGUUAUCCGACCGUUCGGUAUAAGUAGAAGGGAAAAUAAUCCAUCGACCAACAUGCACGGAAUCAAGUUUUUCAAGAAAUUCCUGAUGCCUUGCGGGCUGUGUGCAGCGACACCGCUUGUCAAGCCGGCCCCUCCUCCGUCAAAUUGUCCAACGCCUUGCGAACUAGACGAAAAGAAGCUGAUUCGCCCCUCCGAGUUGCCGAUAUAUACGCUUGGCUCACCUUCAAAAGUGGACCAAUGCCCUACACCUGUCAAUUGUGAGCCGUCGUACUUGGAACAGGGUUUUGGCACGAUUAGGAAGUCCUUGUCUGGUGUUUUCACGCAGUAUCAACAUAUUACCGAAUCUAUUACAGAUAAAAUAGAUACGGGAGUGGCCCACAGUGAAUCCCUCUACGAGUACCUGAAGGAGGAAAGUAACGUUUUGCCACGACUGGGAGCAAUCGGGAUCGGAGCUCUUUCUGGUCUAAUACUGAGCCUCCGAGGCGGAGCAUUCAAGAAAACGUUGUACACAACCACCGGUGGUCUUCUCGUGGCCUCCUUCUGUUACCCAAAACAAGCCGCAGAAGGUGUCGAUCUUGCCAAACAUUACGUGAACAUAGGUUACAACUUUGCUUACGGAAUUAAACCGGGAGACGAGCAGUUGGAGAUCCAUUUUCCAGAACUUCCUAAGCUGAAUAUACCGACGUCGUUUAGCGGGCUCUUCGAUCAAGUAAUAGAGACGGGAGCCACGGCAGGAGAAACGAUCGGCAACCUGGCCAGCAAGGCGUCAGAAUACUUGUCGGAAUCUAAAGAUGCAAAAUUGACCGAGGACAAGCCAAAGCAAAGUUAAAGCGAGAAACACGUUUACUGAAUGUGAUUCGAACGUGUGUGUGUGAGAAAGAUAGACACACAUUACGCUGUCCCUGACCACGGAUCGUUGAUAAAAAAAUGUAAAU